AACUUAACUUGGAGUGACUUUUGGUGUAUACCCUAAUAACAAUUAUGAAGCUGUCCGUGUAUUAUUCGUCAAUGAAAUCAGUGAGGAGAGGGGCUUUUUGUUUUUUUUUGAGGUUGCAAAGUUAUUCGGAUUUUUAGUUAACGUCCUAGAUCCUACACAAAAGGAACAUUAACACCCAGGUUUCCUGCAUUUUCGUUAGGAGCCAUAUCGAAAUUGCCUGACUCGCAAGGGUGUUUUUUACCCUAUGAAAGAAGUCACAGUCUCUCAACUUCGGGGGAACUUUUGCCUAUUUCAGGGAAACAACUAAAACUGCCAAACAUCGGAUUCCAUAAGUCGAAAUCAUUCUUUUGCGGUUUAUUUUAACUUAUUCAGCAUGUCAUAUGUUUACAAUCGACAUCUACAUAACGGACUUCAGUGUAUUAUCGAAGCUAACAUUCCUAUAAUACACAAUGUUCGAUGAAGUAUGGAUUUUUGUUGAGUGGUAGCCACUGUAUUGAAUGCAAAGUCUAAUCAAAUCGCUCACCAACCAACCUGUGUCGUUAUCGCUUUUUUUCAGUGUUCUUUUUAAAUGCACAUCACCUUUCGUCCCUGCAAAGUAUCGCAAUAACCAGAGAACGUUUUUGUUGAUAAAUGAAUCAACACUUAUAUAACUGCAAUUACCCCUUCAAUAUUUGCGUCUACUAGUGUAUUGAGAAAUGAAAAAACGUCUUGUUAAAAGUCAGACGUGGAAGCUAAAGGCUAAAGACCUCUAUCAAGGUACAUACACCAUUCCCAUGAAGUAUAUCCACUGCGCAAACUGGAAGUAAAGUUUAAAAAUGCUGAUGUACAGAAACCAGGCGUUUUACACUUUAUGCCAAAAAUAUAAUGAGGAAAUUCGAAGAGAAAAAUGGAAAACUAUGUAAAAAAUGAGUCUCCCGUAACUAUUCCCAAGAGGUCGACAAAGAUAGAUCCAAGAAGCGUAAGUACGAACCUCAAAAGCAUUCAGUCCUGAAGUUUACUCAUGGAAUUUACGAGUCGGUUCUAGAACGGAUCAGCUGCCAGGUUAAUGACUCAGCUGAUUAAAUCUGCUGUGUCCCAUACGAAACAACACUCGAAAAUGCAUAUUGAGGGAACGAUUCGGUUCGGUAAAUCAGCUGAUAAUGAAAAUCCACCUAGAGUAAUAGGAUUGGCCACUCAAUCGCUCUUAAUGAACUAGAAACCCAAUAAUAUGGAAGGAAAGACGCAAAAACUCAAGCCUUCUGAAUGAUUCUUCAACUUCUGUCUAUUAAAUGUGGCGACGAAAAUUGUUUUACAACUCUACUACUAGAUUAUGUAGUACUCUUUGUAUGAAUAAAGAAAUAUCGAAAAUUCCACGUCAUCUUGAUUGUUUACAAUUGUGGAAUGAAGCUAAAGAACAACAAACUAAUCUUUACAUAUCACCACGUGUUGAAAAAGUUACAGUUACAUAUCGAGGAAUUUUAGGGGAAUCAACAUUGGAAAUGACUAAGGGCAUAUCAACACCUUUAGAUUGUGCAAAACAUUUGUCUGAAAUGUUGGUUAAAGAAAGUGUUAUUGCUAUGGUUAACAAUACUCCAUGGGAUAUGAAUAGGCCAUUGUUAUGUGAUUGCUCGCUUGAUUUUGUUCAAUUCAAGGAUUCUCAUCAUGAUCCAACAAUUGCAAAUAAUGCAUUUUGGCAAUCGUGUACACUUUUAUUAGCAGCUACAUUGGAAACAGCUUUUCAUCAUCAACAUAAUGUUCGUAUAAUUAAUUUACCUGUAUUACAUCCAAAAAGUGGUGGAUUUGUAUGUGAUAUUUCAUUUAAUCCUCAAUAUGAAUCUUUUGUGAAUUGGUCACCAUCGCCGAAAGAAUUACAUUCAUUAAAUAUGUAUAUUCAACGAUUAGCUACGGAUGAUUUAAGUUUUGAACCAUUAGAUAUAUCGAUUCAUAGUGAACUAUUACAAAAAUUAUUUGCAGAUAAUCCAUUACGGUCACAACAAAUUAAUCAUGUAUUCAAUAAUGAUCAUGAAUCAUCAGAUAUGAUAGAUUCUUUGUCAAUCAAGGAUAAAAUUACCGAAAGAUCUACUUUACCUGUAUAUCGAGUUGGAAAUUUUGUUGAGUGUUUCACUAACGGUCCGCUAAUCCGAUCUACUGGUCUUAUUGGAAAAAUAUCCAUCAGUUCAUUUUCUCGAAUAGGCCAUCUACGAGGAUCUUCAAACAACAUUGUUUAUCGUGUUCAAGGUGUGGCUAUUCCAUCUGCAUUCCUUACACAUUUUACAACAUUUCAUCGUUUAAUAGAAUGGUCUAAAUUACCAAAUCCAGAAGUUGGCAUUUAUUCAGAUUACAUAGAACCUGUAUCAUAAAAGCUAGACUCAAAUGGUUUGUAGCAUACAAAUUUACUGUAAAAAUUCGUUUUUUUUUUAAAAAAAAUUAUAUUUAACACCAA